CCCACAGUCGUCGGUUUUAGUUUUCUAUAUACAAAAUAAAUAAAAUUAUAAUACAGUUUUCUAAAUUUCUAUUUUUUUGAAUUCUGUACAAACACUGACACGAAAUGUUUUCUAAACGGAUAGUUUUACCAAUUAUGGUGAUUGGUUGUUUGGUUCAUUUUAUAACUUGUCCGCCAGCAAAUUUACGGAAUCCAUCUCCUGCAAGAGAUAUGAAAGUUAGACCACGGGGUAUUAAUCCAAAUCAACAAAAGCCUGCACUUCCGAAGUUAAAUCCGAAGCCAAAUUUGACUCCGGCUGGAAGUAAAAAUGGAAAAACUACAGAACUCGAGGAAGAAACAUCAGAAAAUAAUCGUACCGGAAAACUUUUCAAAAUAUUCGGACGGAUCAAAAAUUUAUCAAAAAAAUUUAGUCCAUUUAGAUUAACAGGCCGUAUUUUAAAAAAAAUUAGUUCAAACAAUGAAAACAAAUCAAUAWCCACGAAUUAAUGCAUAAGAAACAGACGGGUUACAUUUUUUCUGAACACAUCAGUUAAUAAUGUAUUACGGUUAUUCAAUAAAAUCAUAAUAACUAAUAUUCUA